CUUGACUUCAGUCGGCCCAAAUCGGUGGCCUGCCGUAAAGGAGCAUGGGUAAUACAUCUCCUUUCCCUGCUCGCCAUACGAUCGUGCUUCAGCCCAUCUUCCUGAAUUUGGACCGAAUGUUGUGAAUCCUCGACGCUUGACGCCCCUGAUCACGACUUUAGUGGACUAAAACAUCAUUCGUGCAAUCUUGUCCGGUUGGAGUCGUCUCGUGCACGUUGAAGCUUCUCGGCCUAGCUUAGUUUAGCGUGCUAAAAAGAGACACUUUUGUGAUCAACACUUCGCUAAGCAGAAAUCAAGCGUGAGAGCAGAAAGUGUUGUGAUCGUCGUAUGAAAAUGUGUGCAAGAAGGACAGCAGAGAAACCUUGGGGCCCAAAAGAGGAGAAGGAGCCACAAGUUCAACAACUGGACGCUGUGUUCAAUCUGCAACCUCAAACUGUGCCACGCAGAGCAGACAUCACUGAAGAUCUUCGUACUGAGCGGCAGGAGCCAGAGCCCCCUCACAUUAAAGAGGAAGUGGAGACCAUUUCGAUUAAGAAAGAGAAGGAAGAAGCGCCCCCCUACAUCAAACAGGAAGAGGAAGAGGAGGAUAUCACCAAGUUUCCAGCGACUGGUGUCCCUUUGAAGAGUGAAGAUGAAGGUCCAAGUGAGGAGAGCAGAGGCGCGGAGCCUCCGAGCAGCAGCUCAAGUCAACACAUGACAACAGAAGGUGACGGAGACCACUGUGGAGGAUCAGAAGCAGACGGACUCUUACCUCCACUAUCAGAUAGUGACGACAUGACGUCACACUCUUCUGACAAUGAUGAUGAUGAUGAUGAUGACCAGACGGAAGGUGAUAUGACAUGUCACACUGACAACAAACGAUGGAAAUGUUCUCAGUGUGGGAAAACAUUUGGUUAUAAGAGCAUUUUAAAAGAACACAUGAGAACACACACUGGUGAGAAACCUUUUUCGUGCACAGUUUGCGGUCAAAGAUUCUCUGAAAAGGGAAACUUGAAAAAACACACAAGAACCCACACUGGUGAGAAACCUUUUUCCUGCACAGUUUGUGGUCAAAGAUUCUCUGAAAAUGGAAACUUAAAAAAACACACAAGAACCCACACUGGUGAGAAACCUUUUUCCUGCACAGUUUGUGGUAAAGCAUUUAUUCGGAAGACAGAUUUAAGAAGACACACAAGAACCCACACUGGUGAGAAACCUUUUUCCUGCUCAGUUUGUGGUCAAGGAUUCUCUGAAAAGGGAAAGUUCAAAAUACACACAAGAACCCACACUGGUGAAAAACCUUUUUCCUGCUCAGUUUGUGGUCAAAGAUUCUCUGAAAAGGGAAACUUAAAAAAACACACAAAAACCCACACUGGUGAGAAACCUUUUUCCUGCACAGUUUGUGGUCAAAGAUUCUCUGUGAAGGAAAGCUUAAAAAUACACACAAGAACACACACUGGCGAGAAACCUUUUUCCUGCACAGUUUGUGGUCAAACAUUUACCCGCAAGACGUAUUUAAAAAGACACACAAGAACCCACACUGGUGAGAAACCUUUUUCCUGCUCAGUUUGUGGUAAAAGAUUCUAUGUGAAGGGAAUCUUAAAAAUACACACAAGAACCCACACUGGUGAGAAACCUUUUUCCUGCUCAGUUUGUGGUCAAAGAUUCUCUGUGAAGGGAAGCUUAAAAAUACACACAAGGACCCACACUGGUGAGAAACCAUUUUCCUGCUCAGUUUGUGGUCAAAGAUUCUCUGUGAAGGGAAGCUUAAAUAUACACAAAAGAACCCACACUGGUGAGAAACCUUUUUCCUGCUCAAUUUGUGGUAAAAGAUUCACUCAGAAGGGAGAUUUAAAAAAACACACAAGUACCCACACUGGCGAGAAACCUUUUUCCUGCACAGUUUGUGCUAAAACAUUUUCUCAGAAGACAGAUUUAAAAAGACACACAAGAACCCACACUGGUGAGAACCCUUUUGCCUGCUCAGUUUGUGAUCAAAGAUUCUCUGUAAAGGGAAGCUGAGAAACACACACAAAAAUCCACACUUGUUAUAAACCGUUUAGCUUAGCUUUUUAGCUUAGUUUGAAUAACUUUAAUGAUGACAUCCUAUUAAAUUCACAAUUUCUCAGCACAUUACAGCAAGCUGUAUUUUUUAUUAUUAUUUCCUGAAAGGUUAUCAUUUUGAAUGUGAGGGGAUUUUCCAUCCAUCUAUUUUCUUCCGCUUUUCCAAGGUCGGGUCACAGGGGCAGUAGCUUUAGCAGGGAAGCCCAGACUUCCCUCUCCACAGCCACUUCCUCCAGCUCUUCCUAGGGGAUCCCGAGGCGUCCACAGGCCAGCCCAGAGAUAUAGUCUCUCCAGCCUGUCCUGGGGCGUCCCCGGUGUCUCCCGGUGGGACAUGCCCGGAAGACCUCCCCAGGGAGGCGUCCUGGAGGCAUCCUAAACAGAUGCCCGAGCCACCUCAUCUGGCUCCUCUCAAUGCGGAGGAGCAGCGCCUCUACUCUGAGCCCCUCCCGGAUGACCGAGCUUCUCAACCUCUGUAAGAGAGAGCCUGGACACCCUGCAGAGGAAACUCAUUUCGGCCGCUUGUAUCUGGGAUCUUGUUCUUUCGGUCACGACUCACAGCUUGUGACCAUAGGUGAGGGUAGGAAUGUAGAUUGACUGGUAAAUCGAGAGCUUCGCCUUUCGAUUUAGCUCCCUUUUCACCACAAUGGACUGAUACAAAGUCCGCAUUACUGCAGACGCUGCACCGAUCCGCCUGUCGAUCUCCCGUUCCAUUCUUCCCUCACUUGUGAACAAGACCCCAAGAUAUUUUAACUUCCCUUCCUGGGGAAGGAUCUCAUCCCCAACCUGGAGAGUGCACUCCACCCUUUUCCGACUGACGACCAUGGUCUCAGAUUUGGAGGUGCUGAUUCUCAUCCCAGCCGCUUCACAUUCUGCUGCGAACCGCUCCAAUGAGAGUUGGUGAUCACAGCCUGAUGAAGCCAACAGAACCACAUCAUCUGCAAAAAGCAGAGAUGCAAUACUGAGGCAACCAAACCGGACCCCUCUACGCCUCGGCUGCAACUUGAAAUUCUGUACAUAAAAGUUAUGAACAGAAUCGGUGACAAAGGGCAUCCUUGGCGGAGUCCAACCUUCACCGGAAACGAUUCCGACUUACUGCCGGAUAUGCGAACCAAACUCUAACAGCGCUCGUACAGGGACCGAACAGCCCGUAUCAGGGGGUUCGGUACCCCAUACUCCCAAAGCACCCCCCACAGGACUCCCCGAGGGACAUGGUCGAUCGCCUUCUCCAAGUUCACAAAACACAUGUAGACUGGUUGGGUGAACUCCCAUGCACCCUCGAGGACCCUGCCGAGGGUGAAGAGCUGGUCCACUGUUACACGGCCAAGGCGAAAACCACAAUGCUCCUCCUGAAUCUGAGAUUCGACUUCCCAAAAGACCCUCCUCUCCAGCACCCCUGAAUAGACCUUACCAGGGAGGCUCAGGAGUGUGAUUCUCCCUGUAGUUGGAACACGCCCUCCGGUCCCCCUUCUUAAAAAGAGGGUCCAACGUCUGCCAAUCCAAAGGCACUGUCCCCGAUGUCCAUGUGAUGUCGCAGAGGCAUGUCAACCAGGACAGCCCGACAACAUCCAGAGCCUUUCGGAACUCCGGGCGAAUCUCAUCCACCCCUGGGGCCUUGCCACCGAGGAGCUUUUUAACCACUUCGGUGACCUCAAUCCCAGAGAUAGGAGAGCCCGCCUCAGAGACCCCAGACUCUGCUUCCUCAUGGGAAGGCAUGUCGGUGGAAUUGAGGAGGUCUUCGAAGUAUUCUCCCCACCGACUCACAACUUCCAGAGUCGAGAUCAGCAGCGCCCCAUCCCCACUAUACACAGUGUAGAUGGUGCUCUGCUUCCCCCUCCUGAGACACCGAAUGGUGGACCAGAAUUUCCUCGACGCCAUCCGGACGUCGUUCUCCAUGGCCUCACCGAACUCCUCCCAUGCCUGGGUUUUUGCCUCAGCAACCAGCAAAGCUGCAUUCCGCUUGGCCAGCCAGUACCCAUCAGGUGCCUCAGGAGUCCCACAGGCCAAAAAGGCCCGAUAGGACUCCUUCUUCAGCUUGAGGGCAUCCCUCACUGUUGGUGUCCACCAACGGGUUCGGGGAUUGCCGCUUACGGCCACCGCUCCGGCAAUAGACGCGCGGAACAUGGUCCACUCGGACUCAAUGUCCCCCGCGUUCCCCGAGACGUGGGUGAAGGUCUGCUGGUGGUGGGAGUUGAAACUCUUUCUGACAGGGGAUUCUGCCAGACGUUCCCAGCAGAUCCUCACAAUACGUUUGGGCCUGCCAUGUCGGACCGGCAUCUUCCCCACCAUCGGAGCCAACUCACCACCAGGUGGUAAUCAGUUGACAGCUCCGUCCCGCUCUUCACCGGAGUGUCCAAGACAUGCGGCCGCAAGUCCGAUGACACGACCACAAAGUCGAUCAUCAAACUGCGACCUAGGGUGUCCUGGUGCCAAGUGCACGUGUGGACACCCUUAUGCUUGAACAUGGUGUUUGUUAUGGACAAUCCGCGGUGAGCACAGAGGUCCAAUAACAGAACACCACUCGGGUUCUGAUCGGGGGGGGUGCGUUCCUCCCAAUCACGCCCCUCCAGGUCUCACUGUCAUUGCCCACGUGAGCAUUGAAGUCCCCCAGCGGAACGAGGGAGUCCCGAGCGCGCUCUCCUGCACCCCCUCCAAGGACUCCAAAAAGGGUGGGUACUCUGAACUGCUGUUUGGUGCAUAGGCACAAACAAUAGUUAGGACACGUUUCCCCACCCGAAGGCGGAUGGAGGCUACCCACUCGUCCACCGGGUUGAACCCCAAUGUAAAGGCGCCGAGCCGGGGGGCAAUAAGUAUACUCACACCUGCUCGCCGCCUCUCACCGUGGGCAACUCCAGAGUGGAAGAAAGUCCAUCCCCUCUCGAGAGGACUGGUACCACAGCCCAAGCUGUGUGUGGAGGCGAGUCCGACUAGAUCGAGUCGGAACUUCUCGACCUCGCACACUAGCUCGGGCUCCUACCCUGGCAGAGAGGUGACGUUCCACGUCCCUAGAGCCAGCUUCUGUCGCCGGGGAUCGAAUUGCCAAGGUCCCUACCUUUGGUCAAUGCCCAGCUCACAAUGCACCUGACCCCUGGGAAACAGUAUAAUAUAGUUGCUAUUAAAUCUUUAUUAAAUAUAAUGAUCUGCUCUGGGUCCUUUUACUUGUCCUUUAAGUAUCAAAGUACGUGUUUUAUUUAUUUGUAUUUUGUUCAACUGUACCUAUUCUUCCUGUGUGCUGUUGUCUUGCCCCUUUUUAAUGUAUUACACCUGUCAA